UUCACUUACAUUUACACUCUGCUCAACUCAGCAGCUACACGCAGGUGUCAUGAGUGGGCAUCCACAGAUGCGCGUUUAUGGCACCGUUCCCGCGUGUUUUCUUUAUAUAAGAAGCUAUAAUAAGGUGUUAUUGGAUUAGCUAUGGAUCGACUCGAUGAUUGGAGCUUCAAGUCCAAGAAAAUAAUGGACCUAGAGGAGGAUUUCUUUUUCCACUAUGGAGCGGAGGAAAUGACAGAUUAUCAGGACCCCAGUGAACUUCUGGCUGCUUUAAAACAAAAGGAGGAAGAGGUUAUUUUGGCAGCCCAGCUGGGAAACGCAUUGCUCCUAGAAAACCGCCAGCUUAAGGAGCAGAGCGAAAAACUUCAUGAGCAAUACGCAGAGAAGCUGGAGGAGCUGGAGCAGGGAAAACAUGAGGUGCGACUGAAGCUGGAGCGCCACCAGUCCCAGUGGGAGAGCCAGAUGGGAGACCUGGAGCGGGAUGCGAGGGAGCUGAGCGCCCAGGUGGAGCAGCUUACCCGGGCGCUCGGCGAGGCUGAGAGGGACAAGAGUCGAACUCAGCUAGAGCACAACGAGAACACUCAGCGGCUCCAGGAGGAGCUCAAAGCUGCGAUGGAGGUGGAGAGAGCCAUGUCCACUGAGCUGCAGGCUCUGAAACAGGAGCUGCAACAAAAAGGAAGUCACAACAGGCAGCAGGACGAGGAGCUGAUGAGUGCCAUGAGAGAGCAGGUGUUGCGUCUCUCACAGAAGGAACAGGUGCUGGAGCAACGAUUGGAGAGCGUUUGUCAAGAAAACGAAGAACUGAGGGCGAGUUUGGCCUCUUUGGACGCACGCUUGGCGCUGCACGACCAACUCAACGAGCAGCACAGCCAGCAGCUUGCCGAGGCGUGGCAAGAGGUGGAGGCUGCACGGGGUCAUUCACAGCAGCUUCAGGCCCAGGUGGAGGAGCUUCAGGAGGAGGUGUCCCUGCAGGAAGCCAGGAGCUACGGCGACACUUCCCUGUUGUCUGAGCUGGAAAGUAGCCUGGAGAUAACAGGCCUUGGAGUCAGCAAAGAAGAGUUAACGCAAGAAAUGGGGUCCAUCCUUCAGUUACUCCUCCCGCUGACCCAGGAGCUGAACGGCUCAGAGCAGUCAGAGGUCGCUGAUCAGCAGGAAGACCUGAAGGCCAUGUUGCAUCGGCUGAAGGGCGUGACUCAAACUCUUUCACAGGCAUCCAGGCCACAGGAGCUGAAUCAGGGUUUUGUCGAAACGACGGGUGAUGAGAGUGGGAAUCUGAGCAUGACACAGGAGCUGAGAGAUCAGAAUGUGCAGCUGCAGCAAGAAAAUGCUGAACUGAUGCAGAAGCUGCAGAGCGUUCAAGAUCAAACUGAAGUUGUCCAACAGGCCAUCAAAGACCGAGAUGAAGCCAUUGCGAAGAAAAACCGAAUGGAAGAAGAGCUGGUGAGAAGUAAAAACGAUAUGAUGUCUCUCAACAACCAGUUACUGGAAGCCAUCCAACGCAAACUGGAGCUAUCACAGGAGCUGGAGGCCUGGCAGGAUGACAUCCAGAUCUUCAUCAACCAGCAGCUCAAGUCCCAGCAGCAGUUGGAGCAGCCUCAGAAGAAGCCCGCCUCCAACAACAGCAUGUCAUUCUUUCGCAGACCCAGCAGAACGGCUUCCACUUGGUCACGCCAGUCGUCGGCCUCCUCCUGGAAUUCAGACUGCGAUCAGGACAAAAACCAAUCCCCGUGGAGGGACUGGUUAAGACGGGGCAAAGGGGUGCAGUACAGCAAAUAGUGAACACUAAGUGCUAGAACACUACUGGACUACUGUGGAGCAGAUGCACCAAGAGAAAAGGUCAAAGGGAACUCACUAGUGGAGCUUCUUGUACAUCAUGUGAAGGAGAAAAAAAGCCAUGAAGACAAAAGGAGCCACUGCAAACAAAGACUGAAACACAUUUCACUGAGAGGCUGAGGCUUCUCAAGACGAAGACUGUGACAACAUUGUUACAGAAUUACAAUUGAAGGUUUAACUGUAAAUAUCGCGCCCUAUUUUGUAAAAUGGUGAAUAAGUAGCUCAAUGGAAAGUAUUUGUUCAUGUAAUUUAAGAUUUAACACAUCAAAGAGAAGUAAGUGAUUAAACACUACAUUUUUCGUUGUACUAAAUUUGUCCUUAUCAUGUUGGAUGUAAGAACUUAUGUUUGUUUUUGGGGUUUUUUAUUGUCAAUGUUGCUAAAUGUGUUUGAGAAACGAUGUACGUUUUCUUGUACAUGAAGAAAUCUGUUAUUUUUAUAAUUUUGUUCUCAUAGUUUCAGUUAAAAAUCAAACAUGUUGUCUGAACAUGGACAUGGUAUGCGUCUGUGGACAGCAGAAACUCUAUUUUAUGUGAGGCACUGUUCAGUAUUGAAGCUGCUUUGUACAAACUGACCAAGUCUGGAAGGACUGACAGAAAGUUUCAUAAAACAUUAAA